ACAUGUAUGCGCUGACUGGACGUCAAAGCCUGGAACUUUCUUUUGCGAUUAUCCUUCUCUGUUGGGCAGACUGCAGCCCCUCUCUGCAGGAGGAUUUGGCUCCCCUUGAAGUAAAGUUCCAUUCUUUGGACUUUAGACAUGUCUUACACUGGAAACAUCCACAAAAAGCUGUCAAGAACCUGACAUAUUUUGUUCAGUCUAAAAUAUAUGGAGAUAAAGAGUGGACUAAUUCUGAGGACUGUCAAGGCAUUCGGUUGCUGGAGUGUGACUUGAGUCAGGCAACGUCAGAUCCCAGAGAAUGGUACUAUGCCAGGGUCCGCUCGUUCUCCUCUGAGGGCUUCUCAUCUUGGGUCCUUAGCCACAGGUUUUACCCUCAGUGGGAAACCAGUUUCAGUCCGCCGCAGAUAAAGGUGACCAUGACAGGACGGAUCAUUUCAGUUCAGAUCAAACCUCCGAGGACACCUCUGCGAGGACAAAAUGGCUCUAGGAUACGAGUGACAAAACUGCAGAAACUGACAUUUAGAAUAUACCUAAUGCACAAUGAUGUUGAGGAGGAAGUUUAUGAAACAGACAGUUGCUCCAAGGAGCUUGUGAUAGAGGGGCUACGUCCGAAAACCACCUACUGCCUUCAGGCUGUUUCCGUUACUCCUCGCUCAGGCCGCAAAAGCUUACGGAGUCCCAGCACCUGCAUCAGCACUCAUUGAGGGCUUAGUGUCUCCCACAGGGUGAGGCUGCUUCUGGACCUUUGUUCAAGAUAAAAAUUACACACAUACACACUACAUAGUGGAAUGUCUGCAAUUUUUCACCAAGGUCAUGUUUACUAUAAAACUGAGUAUAAGCCUGGCUUUGUAUUUAGGUUAUAUUAUAGCUUAAGUGUGUAAUUUCUGCACCGCUAGCACCAUCAGCCAAAACAAUGACUGUUUACAUACAGGUUUCCUGAACACUCUCAUAUUUCAUUGGAUGAACAAAGAGAUAGUGCCGCCCUUAAAUCACACCACUGGUUUGAGUCAGCAGCAGCGGAAAGUGUUUUUUUUUUGUGUGUGUGUGUCUGUGUUUUUCUCAGGAAAAUCAACUAAUGGCUUACUUGAAGAUAUUUAGUAUUAAGUUACAUGCACACUUCAGCAUUAAGGCUAAUGAAUGAUGAAAAUAAAAACAUGAACUAAUAACGGCUUUAGGGCUGAGAACUGAACACCAAACUGAAUUUAAUAUUGUGACACAGUGUUGAAACGCAACAAAUGAAUUGCUAAACUAAAUAAAUUAUAAAAGAAAUGCUAAAAUGUUGUAUAAAGUAUUUAUUGGUCACUUGUGUACAGUAAAAUAGUAGAAUUUUUGAUAUAUAUAUCUAUGAGAUGAUUCUGGGCUCAGCCCUUUUUUUUUAUUUUGAGCCCUCCUGGAGCAAAAAAACAAAACAAUCCACAUCCGAACAGAACAGUUUUUAACAAAUUUAAACUGGUCACAUGAGUAAAACAUAGGAUAAAAACAGAGCUCAAUACAGCGGACACAAGCAAACCAGUAAAACUCUGAGGCAGUGCACUGUGUACCAUGUAACAAUCUUUCAAAAUCAUUUCACAAUCCAAGACUUCAACUUUGGUGAAAACAGAAAUCAUCUGUGGCUUUCUCUAAAGGUUUUCUGUCAUUCACACAUCUGUGUCCUUCACGUUUCGGAACCGGUCCAAAUAAAACUGCUCUAAAAAAAAAA